AUGGGCAUCGUGUUCACGCGGCUCUUCUCGUCGGUCUUCGGCAACCGCGAGGCUCGCAUCCUCGUCCUCGGCCUGGACAAUGCCGGCAAGACCACCAUACUCUAUAGGCUGCAGAUGGGAGAGGUCGUCUCCACGAUCCCAACAAUCGGGUUCAACGUGGAGACGGUGCAGUACAACAACAUCAAGUUCCAAGUAUGGGAUCUCGGUGGUCAAACAAGCAUCAGGCCAUAUUGGCGGUGCUACUUUCCAAACACCCAGGCUAUCAUAUAUGUUGUUGAUUCAAGUGAUACAGAUAGGCUUGUAACAGCAAAAGAAGAAUUCCAUGCCAUCCUUGAGGAGGACGAGCUUAAAGGUGCAGUUGUCCUUGUAUAUGCAAAUAAGCAGGAUCUUCCAGGCGCACUCGAUGAUGCUGCCAUUACAGAGUCAUUAGAACUGCACAAGAUUAAGAGCCGCCAAUGGGCGAUUUUCAAAACAUCUGCAAUAAAAGGAGAGGGGCUCUUCGAAGGUUUGGACUGGUAA